CACCUACUGUAAACCACACCAACAGCAGCCUGAGAAGCAGGAAGCUCCUCCCACUCUCACAAAUAAAAGCAAUUGUAAAUGAAAACAAAAACUAAUUCAAUCAGUGUUCUUUGGAAAAUGGCAAAAGCCAAUGUCACACUGGAUCAGAAUGAGUUCACCUGUCCAAUCUGUCUGGAUCUACAAAAGGAUCCAGUGACUACAGCCUGUGGACACAGUUACUGUAUGAGCUGCAUUAAGAGCUGCUGGGAUCAGGAGGAUCAUCUUGGAGUUUACAGCUGCCCCCAGUGCAGACAGACCUUCACACCCAGACCGGUUUUGAAGAGAAACACCAUACUGGCUGAAGUGGUGGAGAAACUGAAGAAGACUGGACUACAAGAAGCUACUCCUGCUGACCAUUAUGCUGGACCUGGAGAUGUGGAGUGUGACGUCUGUACUGGGAGAAAACGCAAAGCUGCCAAGUCCUGCCUCGUGUGUCUGGCCUCUUACUGUGAAACUCACCUCCAGCCUCACUAUGAGUCUCCAGCUUUUAAGAAGCACAAGCUGACUGAUGCCACUAGACAUCUGCAGGACAAGCUCUGUUCCCAGCAUGACAAACCCCUGGAGGUCUACUGCCGUACCGACCAGCAGUGUAUCUGUUAUCCCUGUACGAUGGAUGAACACAGAGGCCAUGAUACAGUCUCAGCUGCUGCAGGAAGGACGGAGAUACAGAAACAAAUGGGAGAAACACAGAAGGAAUUUCAGCAGAUAAUUCAGAUGAGAGAGAAGGACCUGCAGGAGCUGAGAGAGACUGUGGGCUCAUUCAGAAGCUCAGCACAGUCAGCAGUAGAGAACAGUGAGAGGAUCUUCACUGAGAUGAUCCGCUCCAUUGAGAGAAGACACUCUCAGGUGACAAAGCUGAUCAGAGAUCAGGAGAAGGCUGCAGUGAGUCAGGUUGAAGGACACAUGAAGAGACUGAAGCAGGAUAUUGAUGAACUGAAGUGGAGACACUCUGAGCUGGAGCAGCUUUCACACACAGAGGAUCACAUCCAUUUCCUCCAGAGGUGCCAGAGUUUUCCUGUUGUCCCUGACGCUGGAUUUGGACCCAGAAUCUUUGUCUAUCCAUACUGCUCUUUUGAGAACGUGAGGAAGGUGGUUUCUGAACUGAAGGAUCAACUGGAAAAUGUUUGCGAAAAGAAAACAGCAGAGAUCCAUCACACAGUUACCAAAGACACCGUCCUACCAGUAUUAGUGCCCAGGACCAGAGCAGAAUUCUUACAAUACUCCUGCCAGCUGACGCUGGACCCCAACACAGCAAACAGGUUCCUGUCUCUGUCAGAGGGGAACAGGAAGGUGACACGGGGGGCAGAGCAGCCAUAUCCUGAUCAUCCAGAGAGAUUUGACAGCUGGUGGUGCCAAGUUCUGUGCAGAGAGAAUCUGACUGGUCGCUGUUACUGGGAGGCUGAGUGGAGUGGAUAUGGAGUCUGGAUAGGAGUGACUUAUAAAGGAAUUGGGAGGAAAGAAGGGAGGGAUGACUGUGAGCUUGGAGCCAAUGACAAGUCAUGGAUGCUGUGCUGCUCUCCUGACAGUUACUCUGUCCGGCACAAUAAUAAACAGACUGACAUACCCAUAGAGCCCUCAGACUCCCGCAGAGUAGGAGUGUAUCUGAACCAGGCGGCUGGAACUCUGUCCUUCUACAGGGUCUCCUCUGAUGGACUGACCCUCCUGUACAGCUUCACCUCCUCAUUCACUGAACCCCUCUAUCCAGGGUUUCAUGUUUUGUUAUUCUCCCCCGUGUCCCUGUGCAUGCUGGGAUAGCUCACUGUGUGCUGGAGGAAUCAUUUUUACCUCAGAGUGUCACAUGUCGCUGCUUCUCCGCGGCAAAAAGGUAAAAUCUCUGCUUUUUAACCAGUAUAACCCUUUUUACUCUGAAGUGUGACGUAUGUUAGACAAAAUCAGUGACUGGGUUCAGGAAACUGAACAAACAUGCAAAUGACUGUUUUUCUCUCUGAUUAAAAUGUAAUGAAAUGUAAUCCUGAUUGGGGAUUCAUUGAGUUAAAAACAAAAAAGUUAUAAAUCACAUUAGUUACGUUAGAUUAAAUCACUCAAUCAAAAUAUAAGCAAGAAUAAAAAUUUCGUAACUAAAACGACGACAAUCGACAAGCUAAUUAGCAAAUGGCAUCUCUCUCACCCCCAUUAAAACACAGGAAAAGAAUCAUUAAACGCCGUCCUUACUG